CGUGCCUCCAAAACAACACUCUUCUUCAACAUCCAAAAACACAAGGUGUAAGUUACUCCACCGGCAGCUCUCAUCGAUAACAACCAAAUGCCUUACUAUUAUUACUCCUAAACCGCAAAUGCCAACAAACCCUAGAACAUUUCCCGCCAUUCAAUCUGCUAUCUUCUCCUAUCUCUCUGUCUCCUCUCGCUUUCAUUCCACCUCUAUCAGUAGUAUGGCCGCCGUACCGGAGAACGGAACCGUUGACGCUCCGACGCUCAAUGACAAUGUCAAGAUCGGAUUCCAACGCCCGGAGAUGUACUCCGAGAAACUUUCCGGCACCUCUAUUGCAUACGACCGUCAUGUAAUCCUUUGUUAUAAGACUCAUGAGCUCUGGCCGUCGCGAGUUGAAUCGUCUGACGCUCAUCCGCUGCCGAAGGUUCUCGCCGGAGCUCUGAAAGCUCGGAAGAACGACAUUCCUGUAAAGACUUUGUUGACGAUAUGCGAGGGACGUGAAGGUACGGAGUUAUCGGAUGGAGAUGUGUUGCUUUUUCCUGAAAUGAUUAAGUACAGAGGAUUGAAAGAAUCGGACAUUAAUACCUUUGUGGACGAAGUGGUUGUGAAUAGAAAACUAUGGUCUGCAGGAGUUCAGGAGACAAUGACGGGUUCACACGUAUUUGUAUGUUCACAUAGUAGUCGAGAUAAAAGGUGUGGAUUUUGUGGGCCAAUUCUAAUAAAAAAGUUCAAAGAGGAGGCUGAAUUGAGGGGAUUGGAUAACGUGUCUGUGACAGCUUGUUCACAUGUUGGUGGCCACAAGUAUGCAGGGAACUUGAUAAUUUAUAGCGUUCAAGAUAAAAAAGUUUGUGGUCAUUGGUACGGUUAUGUUACCCCGAGUGACGUGCCUGAAUUGCUUGAUAAUCACAUUGUAAAGGGUGAAAUCAUUGAUAGGAUUUGGAGGGGCCAAAUGGGAGUUCCUGUGGUCAAGAAAGCUGAAAAAGCAAUUGAACAGUCCCUUCCAAACGGAAAUGACGUAAAAGUCUCUGAAGCGGACCACCACGCAAGCAGCACCAUAGAAGAGAAAGAUAGAGAGAAAGAGAAAGAGAGAGAAAACAAUGGAGGGUGUUGUCAAGGUGCUAAUGGGUUCUCAUGUUGCAGAGACGAAACACCUGAAACCGAAACAGAAAAAGAAGUAAAUAAAGUACUCGGUGCAUUUAACACGUUGAGAAAAAAAUGGGAAAAACAUGAUGUUGUUACAGUCGCUGCUGUCGUUGGUGCCGUGGUAACAGUUGCUGUGGCCUAUAGCUUUUAUAGAAGGUUAAGAUGAAAUGUGGUUUCCAGUCUCUGUUUGAUUUGUUUAUAUAUAUGAUUGAUUACAAGGGUAAAACAAACUUUAAAGCAACUUAUUGUUGGAAGAAUGUACCAACUACCACAUGCCAUGUAUUUUCUGUUGUGUAUAAAUUAUUCAAUAUACUUUUACCAAUUAUUAUGAUA